UUUCCAGCUGAUGGUCUCAGUGGAAUGCAUUUUCAUCGUUUCUCUCAUUUGUCUGGUUUUCGUGUCUUCGAAGAGGAAGGCGUAUGGUCUACAAGACUAUUUCCAGUUUUUCCCACCUUACCGUUACCAAAUCGACAUACACUUCUAACAGGUGUGCUACCUCGUGAGCAUGGAAUCAUAGGCGAUAUCAUCUUUAACUGGACGACUGAGCAAAAGUUCCUGAAUUUCACGAUCAAAUCAGAUUUUAACCAAAGGUAUGUCCACUCGUUUGAUUCGCCUUUACGUUGGUUUUCAAUCCCCAAAAACUAG